AGUUUGCGAAGAUGCUCGCCGGCCAUGAGCCCCACAAAGUGAAGCUAUGGGAGGCCGGCAGCGGGUGUCGCAGGCUGUGGGACAUGUCGGUGGUGUUCGACGGCGAAGGCCACAUGUACCUAGGGCCCGGCUGGGAGCAUUUUGCCCGUGCCCAUGACCUGAAGCUCGGGCACUUCCUUGUCUUCCGCUAUGAUGGUGACACCCUGUUCACCGUGAAUAUGUUCGACAACACCAUGUGCCGCAUGUACUACAAGCACGACGAUGAUGCCAGCAAUGGGAGCAACAGCAGGGAUGACGAGGAGCAGAGUGGGGAUGACGAGGAGCAGAGUGGGGAUGAUGAGGAGCAGAGCGGGGAUGACGAGGAGCAGAGCAGGGAAGAGGAGGAGCAGAGCGGGGAGGUCAGCCUAUUCUAGCUGACGACGACCUUGCUAUGGUGAUGGCUGACAACGAACCUGCUAUGGUGGUGGCAGACGACGACUUUGCUAUGGUGGAUGACGACAACCUCGCGAUUGUGGUGCCUGAUGAUGACCUUGCUAUGGUCAUGCCUGACAAUAACCUCGCGAUGGUGAUGGCGCCGGUGAUCCCACAACUUGGUGACAGGACCAUGCCAAUUGUGGUAGAGGAGUACAUCUGCGUCGGGAUUCGCCACUCUGAGCGCAUCAGGUUGAUGAAGGAGAAGGAGGAGAACAAGUGAAGAUGUUAAGAAAUGAAGUGGCAAUGUUAAGCAUGUUAGGUUUAAGAUUGUUAGUGUAAUCUGAACAUGUCAAUGUUAAGUAUGUCAGGUUUAAGCUUGUUAGUGCAAACCUCUUAAGUAUGACAGUGUCAGCCAAGCUUAGUUUGAAUUGAUGAGAAUUGAAAU